AUGCAGAUCACCAAUAUCCUUUUCUCUGCCCUGGCUGCUGCGGCCGCCGUCUCCGGCUCACCUGUUGCUAAGCGAGAAGUCAAGUCUAUGAUGGCUGCUGGCGUCGUCGAAUGGACAAUUGAAAGCUUCGUCCGUACCUGCAACGCGGAGAACACCUCUUGCGACUACAGCUUCACUAUCGACACCCAUAUCACUGCUCCGACCGCUUGCAAGUUCACCACCACCGGUUCCCCUGCUAGCCGAGCUGCCUCCAACGCCAAGUGUGGAGCCUACACUGUCACCUCCGGCUGGAGCGGCCAAUUUGGCGAGGAUGCUGGCUUCACUACUUUCUCAGUAACCGACCAGAAACUGAUUGUCUGGCCCGCAUACACAGACAAGCAGCUGGUCAACGGCCAGGUUGUCAGCCCCGACCAGGCCUAUGCUCCUCAGAACCUGCCUUAG